AUGGACCCACCACCACCUCCACCGCACAACAAAUCGUCCACGAUGUUAAGAAAUCCUGCGAAAUCGGUGGAUGUUAACAGAUUACGCUCAGAUAUUGAAAUUCUAUCGCAACAAUUGGAAAUGGUGAAAGCCAGAUUAGAGUCUGCACUUGCCGAACAAGAUGAUAUUGAUGAAAAAGGCAGUAAGAAGAUGUUAUCCAGAGAUAACUCAAUCGACUCGAGACUUUCAACCUCGUUAUUCUCUUCCGGCUCACAUGAUUCAUGUGCAGCGACUCCGAUUCCGCAUCCUGAGCAACCAAUCAUUCCACCACGAAGUAAUUCUAACCUUUCAAAAUUCAAUAAAGCACUUUCAAUGUCAACCUCCCACUUGACACAAGAAAUUGAGGAAAUCUCCAAUAAAAGAUUGUCCAUGGCACUUCCAUCGUCGUCAGCAGCACCAUUCAUAACAUCUCUAAAACGUCGAGAAACUUUCACGAAAGUUGAUGAAAUUACUAAAGAGUUGAAUGCAAGGAUUGGAAAAGUUAAACGAACAGAAAGCUUAUCAAUUGGCAUGAACCGACACCAUGCACCAGUUCCACCACCCAAGCCAUUAAGAACAUUUCAAGAACAGCUAAGGAAACCAGUAGAUCAAUUGCAAACUAAUACAAUGGGAAGGUUCAGCAAUAAUCAAAAGUUCAAAUCUCAAACAUCGUCUUUUAUGUCAUCUUCUGUAGCUUUUCUGUCAAUGUGCAAUCAUCGAGAAUUUGUCGAUGCAAUCAACAAGCGGUUUACACAGGGACAGUGCUGGUUUUCCCGAGGAGGACAAUUGUUUUUUGUCAAUCCGUUUAACACAGUUUCGUCUCCAAGGUGCAACUUUUAUUCGGUGAUUCCAACAAUAACAUCUUCGUUAUUUGAAGCAAAAAGCUCGACACUCUUUUUGAGAGGUGUGUCUGGAUCCGGAAAGUCUCAUGUUGCCGAGCUAAUUUGCAUGGAUAUUGUGAAAAGAUUAGACAAUCAAGGUCAAUUGAGCCACUUAUUCAAGAUUUCUAUCACAAUUCUGCGACCGUUUUUAACUGCUAACAAUGCAUACAAUAAUCAAUGUUCAAAAGCCGUAUUACAUUACAUGUUCCAAACCAAGGAAAAUCGUUUACAUCGAAUAUCACUUAAACAUUUCCCAAUCGAGUCAAUGAGCAGAGGAUGUCGAGCAAAUAUAUUUGCAAUAGUUGCAAAUGAUUUGACUGAAACUGAAAAAGAAAAGUAUAGAAUUGCUGGAUUUCGGUUACGAGAAACUACGUUUAACUACGGGAAUUUUGAAGAGAUCAAAGCGGCAAUGAGUAUUAUUGGAAUUGAUAUGGCAGAUAUUCUGAAAAUAAUAUCGGCAUGCAUUUUAUUGAAUAACAUUAACUUUAAAACUGACAAUACAUCAUCAGAAGUAGACAAUAUUGCAGAUCUUGAAGAUGCCAGCAGUUUGCUAGGAGUUUCUGCACUGACGAUGUAUCGAUUUAUGGUUUCGGAUGCUUUGAUUGAUAGUCGAUUGAUAAGAGAUAAUCUGGUUACAGCCCUGUAUGCCAGAACAGUGAAAUAUAUUCUAGACAAGAUCAACCUUUUACUGGAUGCUGGUUCUGACCCAUAUGACAGAGGGAGUGUGGUUACUGAUUCCGGGAUCAGUGUUGGAACAAUCAAUGAAAGCAAUCAUACAGUUCAUAUUGUCGAUAUUCCUGGAUACGUUCGUUCGACGCAAAACUCGUUGAAUGAAUUAAUUGUGAAUGCAGCAAACGAUAUUGUUCAAUGCACAGACUCAGAUAUGGUUCAUGAGUUAUUGAAGAGCGUCGAAAUUGCAACUCGAAAUGAUGAAGUUUGGACUGAAAGCAAAUCUCCAAAAAUGAUUAAACACUGUACGGAGGCGUUUGAGAUUCACUAUGAUUUGAGGCUCAUGAUUGAGAGAAACAGCAAUCGUGUUUCAAGAGAAUUAGUAAAUUUAUUCGAUUUUCGAACUUGCACGUUCCCAUUUGCUGUAAAUUUAUUCCAACAAGAUAUUGAAUCAAUGAUAGUUGACAACAAUUAUGCCCCAAGUGCGAUUAAUUGGCCGAAUAAUGGGAAGACUGUUAUUCAAAAUGUUAUUGAAUCAAUUCGAAUGUUGAAGAAAGACAUCGCAGACAAUAAUUCCCAGCAAAUUAUUUGCUUAAAGUCUAAUGAUUCCCUGGAAUAUGCAAGAGUUCACGAAAACGGAUUGGGUUAUCAGUUAAAUUUGUACCGAAGUGUCAUGGCGAGCUCGUGUACUUCUUCGAAUAGAAUAAACGGUAUUUGUGCCCGGUCACCUACCAAUAGCACUCCCAAGGUUUUCUUCCAACGGCAAUACGCCAUUCGUGAAGGACGGAAGCAUUAUUUUCCUCAACGGAGAAGCGUCGUCAUUGAUUUUCAAGAUCCAUCAAGUGGAGUCAUACUGCGAGCCGGUGAAAUUGUGAAAGCGAUCGGAUUCUCUGGAGAGUGCUAUUUGGUGGAGAACGGACGACGAGCACGUGCCGCGAUACCAAUUUCGUUCACCGAGAAAAGUGUAGUUGUAGCACAUAAUAUGAAUAAUUAA